AUGUCUUCAGAAUUUGCCCCAUGGAACUCGGCGCACCUCUCAUAUCGGGCCGUCGAGCAAGACGAUGAGACUGGAGUGCUAUAUCAACUCGGUCGUGAUGCAGAAGCGUUCAAUAACGCUGUUCCAUUCAUGCCAACCCCGCAAGGAUCCAAUGCUGCGAAAUCGUACAAGACGUACCUUGAAUCUUGCUUAUUGGGUGUCAUCAUCUGUGUCACACCAUCCACUCCCGCAAAGAUCGAAAGCUACCAACCAUCACACCCCGACCCUGGCGAGGCUGUCGGCGUCCUCACCUUGACUGGUCCGGGACAAGGCAGAGAGCAUCAUGGUCGAGCUGAUAUUGCCAUCUCCAUCCUUGCACCGCAUCGUGGAAAGGGCUACGGAAGUGAAGCUAUCCAAUGGGCGUUGUGUUGGGGGUUCAGUUUCGCUCGGCUUCAUCGCAUUGGCAUAGGGGCGAUCGAGUUCAACAAGUCGGCGAAGAAGCUAUACCUAAAACUUGGCUUUGCGGAAGAGUCAGUGAAGCGAGACUUCGCUUGGAAGUAUGGCCGUUGGUGGAGUUUCUGGGAGGCGAGUAUGCUGGAGGAUGAGUGGAGGGGCAAAUAUGGAUCAACGAUUUCUUAUGCAUCAUAUAUGCCCAUUGAAUGA